GCAAUUGCUCAAGCAUAUCUUUUGCCAGAGUUUGCUGCACUUGUGAAACAGAGGAGAAACUGCAUAUCUGAACACAAUAAGUGGAAUCAGGGAGAGUGUUGCAAUGACGGAGCCAACAGCCACUGAGAGGCAAAAGAAAAAAGUGACUUCUGCUGGUCCAAGUGGGCGAAGAGCUCUCCCACCCAAUGUCUCCAAUGCAGAAGAAGAUGAAGUUCCUACCAUGGAGACAACUGGUUUGGUGCCAAGGGGAUUUAAGUUGCAAGAUGUUCUGGAAGUCCAGGAAAUUCAUUUGUUCAACCUUGAAGAUGACAUUAAUAAGCGGGAACACCACACAGACAAAUACUACAACCGCAAGCUGAUCGUGCGUCGAGGCCAGUCUUUCCAUAUCCAGAUUUCUUUCAGCCGUCCAUACAAUCCAGAGAAAGACCAAUUCUGGAUUGAGUAUGUUAUAGGGCGAUAUCCUCAACAAAACAAAGGCACCUACAUCCUAGUCCCUUUGGUUGAAGAGCUACAAAGUGGGAAAUGGGGUGCUAAGAUCACUCACCGUGACGACAGGUCUGUGGGCCUGAAUAUCAUGCCAGCUGCAAACUGCAUUGUGGGGAAAUUCCGCAUGUAUGUUGCCGUCUUGACUCCAAUCGGCACUCUCAGGACAAGGCGAAACCUGGAAACAGAUACAUACAUCCUAUUCAACCCUUGGUGUGCAGAGGAUGCUGUGUUUCUGGAAGAUGAAAAGGAAAGGCAAGAGUAUGUCCUGAAUGACCUUGGGGUUAUUUUCUAUGGAGACCCUGACAAUAUAAGAACCAGGAGUUGGAAUUAUGGUCAGUUUGAAGAGGGUGUUUUGGAUGCUUGCCUGUACCUGAUGGACAGAGCACAAUUGGAUCUCUCAGGCCGAGGGAAUCCGGUCAAAAUCAGCCGUGUUGGCUCUGCAGUGAUCAAUUCAAAAGACGACGAGGGCGUGAUUGUUGGAUCGUGGAACAAUAUUUAUGAUUACGGAGUGCCCCCCUCAGCUUGGACUGGGAGUGUAGACAUUCUGUUGGAAUAUCAUAGCUCCAAGGAGCCAGUGCGGUAUGGCCAGUGCUGGGUCUUUGCUGGAGUAUUCAAUACUUUUUUGAGAUGCAUAGGAAUUCCUGCCAGAGUUGUCACCAACUAUUCCUCAGCCCACGAUAACGAUGCCAAUUUGCAGAUGGAUGUUUUUGUCAAUGAAGAGGGAAAGGUGGAUUCCAAACUCACAAAAGACUCAAUCUGGAAUUACCAUUGCUGGAAUGAAGCUUGGAUGUCCAGACCUGACCUCCCGGUCGGUUUUGGAGGCUGGCAAGCUGUGGAUAGCACUCCUCAAGAAAACAGUGAUGGCAUGUAUCGGUGUGGUCCAGCUUCCAUUCAAGCCAUUAAGCACGGCCAUGUCUGCUUCCAGUUUGAUACGCCUUUCGUUUUUGCAGAGGUGAACAGUGAUGUCGUGUACUCAAAAGCAAUGCAAAAUGGAACUAAGGUGGUUCAACAUGUUGACAAGACCCAAAUUGGGAAAUUAAUCCUGACCAAAGAAGAGGGCAGGGACGCAGUGAAGGAGAUCACUGAGCAAUACAAAUUCCGAGAAGGCACAGAGGAAGAACGACUGUCCCUGGAGACUGCCCUGAUGUAUGGUGUUAAGAAACCUCAGACCCAAGAUACUGUGUCCACUGAGGAGGUUGACAUGGACUUUUCAGUGGAAGACACAGCACUUGGCAGUGAUGUCAGUGUCAACAUUACUUUCCGAAACAAUACCCAAAGCCGCUACACUGCCACAUCUUAUCUUUCUGGCAACAUUGUGUUUUAUACCGGAGUCCCAAAGACUGAAUUCAAGAACCACAAUUUUAAUGUGACACUGGAACCCAUGAAAGCUCAAACUGUGGAGGUGCUAAUCAAAUCGAGCGAGUACAUGAGCCAGUUGCUGGAACAAGCCGCCCUGCAUUUUUUUGUCACAGCCCGUAUCAAUGAAACAGAAAAGAUUGUGGCCCGGCAGAAGAGCACCGUGUUGAAAAUACCCCAGCUACUCCUUAAGGUUCCUGGAGAGAAGAUAAUUGGCAAGGAAAUGGCAGUGAUAGUGCAAUUCACCAACCCACUGAAACAGAAACUCACUGAGGUCUGGGUCCGACUUGAUGGGCCUGGCCUGCUGAAACCAACCACAAAGCUCUUCAGAGAAGUUCCAAGGAAUUCAACCCUGACUUGGGAAGAAAAAUGUGUUCCAAAGCGGGCUGGCCUCCGAAAGCUGAUUGCAAGCUUGAAUUGCGAUGCUCUCCGACACGUCUAUGGCGAGCUGGAUGUCAAUAUUCAAAGUGCUGUGUAAAAGGGUUUCUCCCGUCUUUCUUCAUUGCCCCCUGCCCCCAGUAUUUCAGGAAGUUCAUUACAGGAAACAUAGGGGAGAAGUAUCUACCCCAAUCCGAAUCAAUCCAUAAUCCAAAUGUUUCAUAUAUAUACUGUGUGCAUAAACUUGAGUUAUGAUUAUUUUGCAGUUUCCUUUUCAGAAGCUGACCCACAAAACCCAGAAACUGCUCUUUAAACACCCAAACUUUUAAAAAGGAGGGCAACAACAACAUGCAUUGGGAAAUCUUCUUGUGCCAGGCCACCCUCACUGAGAUGGAGGAGAGUAGCAGAAAAGCAGCAAGAAACUCUCUCCCACACUCAUGCCCACAUUUUGGGGAUUUCAUGCAAGAAAUGUUGUUGUUCAUUUCACGUGUAUCCUGCCCUUUCUCCAAGGAGUUGAGAGUGGCCAACAUGUUCCCCUCCCACAUUUUAUCCUCACAACAGCCCUGUGAGGUAGAUUAGACUGAGAGGUAAUUACUGGGCCAGGGUCACCCAGUGAGCUUCAUAGCUUAGCAAAAGGUCUCCUGCAUUGUAGUCCAACACUCUGGCCACUAUACCACACCUGGUAACUGUAACAGGUUCAGGCACACUGUUCUUCUCUGCCCAGAUCUAACACUGAAUUGUGUCCAACGAAGUAAGGUAACUGAACACCGCAAACAACAAAAACGUACUUCAAGGUAGACAAAAUGACUCAAGGUUAGAUAAAGGUAGGCCAAUGAAGUUGUGACCCAUAUUGUUUCUGCUUGUUCAUAUGUAUUUAUGGCCUCUUGCAUUAAAGCGAGGACAAUUUUAAAAGAGUCCAGUCUCUGGGGUACUGUGAACUUUCAUUUUAAUUAAGGCUUGAUCUUUUAUAUUUAAAAAACUCUGCCAAGACUGGAGUAAUAAAAUGGCAGUAGAUGUUAUCCCAGAACAAGCUUGCCUGAGUACAAAUUAGGGUUUGGUACCACAAAUCAGUUUUGAACACUUGGUUCUUCUCUGCACCUUCAUGACAAAUGAGUUCAUCUGAACAUUUUCAGAAUGGUGGCUGAUGUGGAGAGAAUAUCAGAAGUGGGUUGGGAAGGGGUUGGGGGGGUCAUGUGACCUGUCAUGCAAGCACUAUAACACCUUAUCAGAGCCUUGUUUUUCUAGAGAGCCACUUUGAGAAGUGAGUGAGAGUAGUAGGGACAGUGCUUAAAAUGGCAUCCCCUAAACUGGUCUGCCAGCAAGUUCUGUUACAAUGACGACUUUGUCUCUAGGUUGGCCACUAGAGAACCAGUUGGCAGCUUGGGGGGGGCAGGAUUUGGUCUAGAGACAUCUAUUUAGUGAUCUCUACUUUAACACAUCAAACAGAAGCACUAGAAUAGGGAUGGAUGGCUCAGGCCAUGUCCAGGCCAUGUCCGUUUCACUUCUGUCCAAUUUCCAAAUUAAUGUCUACUUGGGAAUUUGUAUUUAAAUAUGGAUUUUUGAACAUAGGUUCUUACAUUUUCUCCCAAAGUACCCAUUCCUAUAUGCAUUUUAUUUUAAAAUACCCAUUUCUGCAUGCCUUUUGGUGUCUGCUUUGAGCCAAGAAUUGCAUCCGAAAAGUUGGAGAACUGAGAAACCUGUAGUCCAAUCCACAUAUUAGUCCAGGAAGUGUGGAUCAGGUCAGUUUGUAUCAGCAUUAGAACAAAAUCCUUAAACACCCCUCUGUUGAGAGCACAGGCCAUAGCGUCAAAUGCUGAGAAGCUAUGUUAAGGAUAGCCAUGUCUAACAGAAGGUUACUCAGCCCUAAUUACUGAAUGCUGGUAGAGGCAUACAGGAUGCCAUACCAGAAACUGUCCCCUUAAGUUGGGUGAAGAACUUUUGUCAGCUGGAGGGCCAUUCCCUUCUGGGCAACCUUCCAGGGGCCCCCAUGCCAGUGGUGAGUGGGGUCAGAGGCAAAAGUAGAAGGGACAAUGAAUGCAAGUGUUAUCUUUGCACAGUAGGCUAGUUUCUGCACAUGCUCUCACGCCCCUCUCUCUCCUCCACCCAGGCAAGCAAGAAGCAUGAUCAGAGUUCAGGGACAAAUUCCAGGACAAUGCAAAGCACAGCUAGUGAGGGAUACGGCUGAGGAGGGCGUGUGGUCUGGGGAAAGUCUUGAGGGUCAUAUAGGAGGCCUGAAGGGCUGCAUUUUGCCCUUGGGCCUGAGAUUCCCCAUCCCGGCCAUAAAUACUAACAUGGCUGCCUUUCUAUAAAACAGCUCAUAUGACUGCAUUGACAGAGAGUCGGGUUGAAUUCAAACAAGGAAUGGGAGCACCAGCGGCAUCACUAGCGGGAAUGCGGGGGGGUGCAGACUUCCGGCAUGCACGCGCGCGCACGCACACACUCACCAUGUGCUCCAGGCUGGUGGUGGAAGGCCAUCCCGGCUUCACUGCCAGUGGGUGGGUGCCUGCUGUUGGUCUCGCCCGCCCGCCUCCGAGGAGGAGUUGGCUGCGCCGACCCAGAGUGCUUCUCGGCUCCUUUGCCGGCCAAGGCACGGGGUGGGGCGGCUCUGGGUGUCACCCCCCUCAGGGUGUCACCCGGGUGCAGUCUGCACCCUCCGCACCCCGGUAGUGACGCCCCUGGGGAGCACCAUCUGAGACCCCUGUGUUCAGUCCUACAAGCUGCUGCUUCAGUGCAGUAACUGGUCAUAGGGUUGUAGUGAUAAUUAAGCCACUUUAGGCAGCUCUUUGAUGUGCCAUGAGCCUAUUUCCUGAAAUAUUAUCUAACUGAAGUGUACGCUGUUAAUGAACUUGGCUUGCAAUGCAUAGAAGCUCCAACUUACGCUACAUGAAUGCACUGUAUUGCCUGCUUUUCCCUUCUGUAUAAGGACAGUCUUCUGUGGCUCAAAAGCUUGCAUUCCUUCUAGUUUAUUAACCAAAGUUAAUGCAGUUAAUGCAAUAAAAGAAUGACUUUACCUGGA